AUCUUAAUGACGUAUUGGAUGUUUUGGUGCCCGAACGUCUACUGAGGCCGGAAUCCAUUGUGUGCGCGCGCUGUGUUACUGGUUCACCAUGAACAAGAACAAGGCCAGUGGAGUGUCAUGGGUGAAGCCAGAGGAGCCGUCCUUCCUCAAGAAGUUUAAGAGUGAUGUUGGCUAUAAAGAAGGACCGACUGUUGACACUAAGCGCCAGGUGAUGCCGACGCUGGAUGAUGACAGCGGGAGCGACCGGGAGGACGAGUUACCUCAGGUUGUAGUCCUAAAAGGUGGAGACCUUUCCGCAGACGACGUGAAGAAGAUGAAGGAGGAGAAGCGUACUGGAGACGAUGAACCUCCUCCCGAUGGCAAAAUCCUCUUCAAGAAGCCGGCCAAGCGCUCCUCUUCAGACAAAUUCCAGGGCAUCACGGCGAGCUCCAGCAAAAAGAAGAAGAGUGAUGGAGGGGAGAAGGAGAAGGAGAAAGAAAAGGAGGAGGAAGAGAAGAAGGAGGUGAAGUCUGGGAAGAAAGUGAAAAAUAACAGCCUUCUGUCAUUUGGAGGGGACGAGGAGGACGAGGAGGACUAACUGUGGGCGGUGCAGUGUAAGACUGUCAUUAACCUCUGUGGCAGAAGGGAACGUUAACGGUAAAAUCUUUCAUAGUACCGACGAAUAGGAACAGGGGUCAGAUUAACAGGCAGUGUAUUAUAAACAGUCGCUGUCUGGAGUUCAUCCACACUGUGCAGCCUGUCCAUCCUGUAGCUUUCUUUAAAGGACGGUGCCAGUAUUUUUCCAUGUCUUAGCCCACUGACUACAAAUAGCCUGUGCUUGAUUCUACCGACUGUUCCAUUCCUUUUAGUACACUGUAAAACUCAACUUGCAGAGAUUCAAAUAGCUCGAAUAAGAAAUCCAUCACAAUGAGCAUCUUGAUUCCCUUGUUUUAUUUCCACUUUCCCCACUCAGAUUUAUCCUGUCUUCCACUCACAAGCUCGCUUCUCUAACCUUUAGGCCACCGCUGCCCGCAAACUGACCACGCCUGACCACGUUUCACAUCUGAUAAACAGCUCUGCAGCGGCUGACGCCAACAGGCCAUCACUUAGAUUGUUUAUGUAGAGAAAGACACACCACUCUGCUGGUCUUUUAUGAAGAAGACAGUGCACUGCUUUUAUUUCUUCAAACAUCAAAAUAAUACUACAGAGUGCUGUUUCUUCCUCCACAGAACCAUCUUUAGCCAAGCGAUAAUAGUACAGAGACUUUGUUUCACCAGCUUUGUGUUCAUUAGCUGCGGCUGAGUAAAUAUGCCUCAGACUCACUUGAUAGUUGUGUUUUUUUCUGUUUUUAAAUUGCACCUCUUGUGCUUGUACUCCUCAAUAAGAAAUGGAAUACAGUAUUCUUAAGUGUGUUUUCAUUAGUGUAUGAUCCCCUGAAAAUAAGAGCUGUGUAUAUCUACAGACGCAGAGGGUUGCCUUCCAUGGAAGCAGCCAUGUUGAACCACACUGUUUAUACAGUAGCUUAAAAACUGGCUCCAGAUGUGGCCAUUUGGGUCUUUCGCUGUCACCGUAGUUGGUGCUUGGAAGUGGAGGGUGAAGGGAGAGAGUCGCAAUCUGCAACUACAGCGACACCAUUUGCGGUUUCAUUCAGCCUUAGGAACAGCGUAUAGUCUGAAAAUGGAACCUUAAAGACAAACCCACGAGGAGCUUGUUUAAAAGAUAAUGUACAUUUGGCCCGUGUCCAGAGUCACACUCAAAUGUUGAGAUGCAAUGUUUGGGGCUUUUUUUUUUUUUUUGUGCAUUGAUACUGUCGUGCAAAUGAUUUGGGUUCCAGCACAACAUUGCAUGCAGUGCAAAACACUUCCGUGCUGAACAUCAGGGAGUUGCUUUGCAGUCUUUAGCAGUAAUUUGUGUUGGUAAAUGUUCGAGUUUUACAUGUCUGCAGCAUCACAACCAAAACAAGGAAGUGAGUUUGGUCAACUGCUGGCUGGUGAAACUCACAGCGAACUGCGCUGAUUGGACAAACUGGGAUUCACAGGGAUUGGUUAAAUUUGCGUUCGCUGUUGUGAUCCCAGCUUCCUGAAGGGGCCGGCUCUUGAAUGCACCAACAUCAGGAGUGCCCCAGCUCACAGCGCAGAACAGAUAAUGUAAUGUUCACUAUGAUAAUGACCUACCUCAAACAAACGGAGUCUCUGCAAAUUGUCAGUUUGUAUUAAAUCCCACAGACAUUUUUUACCUAUACGCUAACCCUCGACUUAAUUCAGUACUGAAAUGAAUGGACAGCUGUAUAGAAAGCUUUGGUGAACCUUUAAAAAGCUCACAGAAAUGGAAACCUCAGCAGAUUUGUAGUUAAUGGGCUAAAACGUGGAAAAGCACCAGCGGGGUUCUAUGUGUAGUCCUUUUUCAUUAAACAUAAGAUGAGCAGUAGUUAGGGAGAUUCGUCCAGAGAUUUCUGCAGUCAAACACGGGAGCAAGGCCGGCGCUGUGUCAAGGUGCUCCUCAAAACAUCUGGUUGGCACUCAGUUCACUCAAACUAUGCAACUUAAUCUGACCAAUGGAAACCAGGCAACACCAGGUACAAACUAGGUUGAUUGAUUAUUGGUAAGAAAUUAUUACUUUGGUUUCUCACCUAAUUUUACACUCGUCAAUCUGCCGGGUGAUCGACGUGAAUUAGCUCAGCUACCUUUGGAAAAAAAAAAUUGACUUUUUUUAAACGUUUGAUAAAAAGUUUAAUAUUGAAAUCUCGUCUGGUGGAAUCCAAACAGUGACAAACUUUGAAUCAUUUUUCCUGUGUUCUUGGUGCCUUCCACUUACCUUACCACGGUAAAGCAAUCUUGUCCGUCAGAAAAGACCCUGCAAUGACCAGUUAGUCCCAGUAACUCCUGCUGUCUUGACAUUGCUCCUCUCUCCUCCUCCUGAUCUAUGGAUUCAACUACCUGCCUCAUACGUUACGAUCCUUUCAUUGCUCCCGCUCAUCUGUAUCUCUGUGGUGUCGUCAGAACUGUAAGUGUGUUUGCAAGUUAGCGUGGAACUGCUCACUGUAGAAUUUUUAAUACAUUCAGUCACGUAUUGGAUGUAUGAAUAUAUUCUAGCUUCGGCAAAGGAGCUGCAAGUUUAUGUAGAAACGAUGCAUUCUUGUCAAUGCAGUUGUAUGAUUUUUAAAAAAAUGUGUAUUUGUUUUUAUUGUGUGCAUUUUUAGACUGUUUGUGGCUGUAACAUUUGAAAUAUAAAACAUUAUUACAUCCUGU